AUGUCCGGCUACCAGUGGCGUGGAUACGGCUCCUCUUGGAAUCAUCGUGGUGGUGGCGGCCGCUUCGGCUCAUUCACCAACUAUGGGAAAUCUGCAGGGAAAGGAAAUGGGAAAAGCACCAGCUUGCCAUCAUUGCUCAAUCAGCUUCAAAGUGAGAUUGCUGCUCAGCAACAGUUGCAGGAUGCCAGCUUCAAGCUCCUCCAUGAUGAGAUUGCAUCUCUUCGGGCAGAGAUGACCAAAUCUCAGCCACCUCAGGCAACUCAGAUUGAGGCCGAUGCAGCGCAACUCCUCUCCGAGCUUCGAAAAGAGGUCUUGCAGCGUCGCUCCCAAGAUCAGCCGUCGCAGGUGAGUACCAAGAGUGAGAUCCAAUGCCAUUUGGCUGAGCAACUCCAAAGCAUGCGAGAAGAGCUUGCCACCAUGAAAGCUCAGCAGGCUGUCCCGCCUUCCUCCAAGCGGAAGAGGCCUUCCACGCCUUGUGCACCAAACAGCGCUGGAGAUGCUUCCAAUGUGACGAAGGUUGAGCAUAGAGAGUUCUUCUCCUCCGUCUUCGGCAAGAGGUCAGUUCUUUGCAAAGUUGCAUCUAUGCCCCUCUCCGAGUGGGCUGCAGUCCAAGCUGCAAAGUUGAGCCAGAGUGACUUCGACUCCAUGGUGGCCAAGUUUGAGCCGCAGAUGGAGCCUGAGGAUGAGACCGAUGAAGGCGUUCUCAAAGCCUGCUUCCUCUUAUGGAAGCUUGAUCGUGGCGCG